UACCAGCUAAAACAGCAUCACUUCUUCUCUGUCUUCUCUUCCCUUCGUAGAUUCCGCCCUCUUCUCCAACACACACUCACACACUAACUCUCCACUCCCAUUUUGAUCUCAAUUCUCUCUCCCUCUCUCUCCAUCAAUCCCGAUGGAGAGCUUAAUUCUCCACUCCUCCUCCACGACAACCGCCACUUCCUUCUCCCGCUUCUCCAUCCCCCGCCUCCGCCCCCUCCCCUCCGCCCAUCUCCGCCCCCUCAAAUCCACCCCCAAACCCCCCUUCCUCCAAUUCCGCCCCAAUUCCCCUCUCUCCCCCCUAAUUCCCAAAUCAACAUCAAGGGCGGGAAAAGCCCCUCCGCCUCCGCCUCCUCCGCCUCCGCCGCCGCCGGCCGAAUCCAAACCAGAUUCCCCCCCUCUCCAAGGCGCCAAGAUCCUACCUUUAUUCAUCUCCGUCGCAAUCGGCGCAAUCGUCCGCUUCCUCGUCCCCAAACCCCCGGAAGUCACCCCUCAGGCGUGGCAGCUCCUCUCAAUCUUCCUCUCCACCAUCGCCGGCCUCGUCCUCAGCCCCCUCCCCGUCGGCGCCUGGGCCUUCAUCGGCCUCACCGCCUCCAUCCUCACCAAGACGCUCUCCUUCACCGCCGCCUUCUCCGCCUUCACCAACGAGGUCAUCUGGCUCAUCGUCAUCUCCUUCUUCUUCGCCCGCGGCUUCGUCAAGACGGGCCUCGGCGACCGCAUCGCCACCUACUUCGUCAAGUGGCUCGGGAAGAGCACCCUGGGGCUGUCCUACGGCUUGACGCUGAGUGAGGCUUUGAUUGCGCCGGCAAUGCCGAGCACCACCGCGAGGGCGGGAGGUGUGUUUUUGCCUAUCAUUAAGUCGCUGUCGUUGUCGGCCGGGAGCGAGCCCGGUGGCCCCUCCAAGAAGAAGCUUGGGUCGUAUCUAGUGCAGUCGCAGUUUCAGUCUGCUGGUAACUCUAGUGGUCUUUUCCUAACUGCUGCAGCUCAAAAUCUGCUGUGUCUCAAACUUGCCGAGGAGCUCGGGGUUGUAAUUUCAAGCCCAUGGGUUUCUUGGUUCAAGGCAGCAAGUUUGCCUGCAUUUGUCUCACUUUUGGCUACACCAUUAAUCUUAUAUAAGCUCUAUCCUCCUGAAAUCAAAGACACACCCGACGCCCCUGCAAUGGCUGCAAAGAGGUUGGAGCUUAUGGGACCUGUCACGAAAAACGAAUUGGUUAUGAUUGGUACAAUGCUUCUUGCAGUUUCUUUGUGGAUUUUCGGAGAUGCACUUGGUAUUGCAAGUGUAGUUGCUGCAAUGCUUGGUCUUUCGAUCCUCUUGUUACUGGGAGUGCUUGAUUGGGAUGACUGCUUAAGCGAGAAAUCAGCAUGGGACACUUUGGCAUGGUUCGCAGUUCUAGUGGGCAUGGCUGGCCAAUUGACAAAUCUUGGCAUCGUGAGCUGGAUGUCUACUUGUGUCGCCAAAGCACUGCAGUCACUGUCGUUGAGUUGGCCCGCUGCUUUUGGUCUUCUUCAAGCUGCGUACUUCUGUAUCCACUACCUAUUUGCCAGCCAAACUGGCCAUGUCGGAGCAUUGUACUCAGCAUUCCUUGCCAUGCAUUUGGCGUCGGGAGUCCCGGGCGUGCUAGCAGCACUUGCUCUAGCUUACAAUACCAAUCUAUUUGGUGCUUUGACGCAUUAUAGCAGCGGUCAAGCUGCUGUAUAUUUCGGAGCCGGAUACAUAGAUCUUCCGGAUGUAUUCAAGUACGGCUUCAUCAUGGCCGUUGUUAACGCGCUGAUCUGGGGAGUCGUCGGGGGAUUCUGGUGGAAGUUCUUGGGACUCUAUUGAUUGCAUGCAAUGGUGUAAGUAAGAAUUUUGGCAUCUGAUCCAUGUUCAUUUCUGAGACACAAUUGGGAAUUGCCUUUUUUGAUAGAACCUGAGAAAAGCUACUUCAGCUGACAACUUAGGUUUGACCUUUUUCUUAGGCUCUCCAAAUUUAGAAAGAAAAAUUAUUUAUCUUCUUGGAACGAACAAGAAAUGGAAUGAGUUUAUGUGCAAAAUGAGCAAAGAAAGAGUGAUUUUUCUUCCUA